AUGGACAACUUUCAUGUGCCGUUUUCAGCAACCACCACCAACCCACUAAUCCCUAAUGUCUCUACUUCGAACGUAAGAAUCCCUGCUCAACAAAACAUGGCAGAACUAACAAAUUUUAACGUCCCUGUUCAAAAAACUGGAGAAGGUGGCUUUCCUGAUCCUUAUUUCGCUCCAUAUAAUCAAAACAUGCAGUUCCAACAAAUGAAUCAAUAUCCUUUGCAUACCCUUCCGACAGGACAACCUAGUGCAAUUCGUGGACCACCAAAUUCUGAAGUUCAAGUUCAAGCCUCUGUGGGACCAUUGACUAGCAAAGUUGCCAGGGACAAAAGGAAACAAGUAAGACAGAAAAGUAAGAGUGUUGCUCCUACGGCUCCUUCGAUUCCAACCAAAGGGACAGCAAAGGAAAAACCUGUUUCUGGACGAGGAUCAGAUGGAAAACUCACUGCCAAGAAAGAUAAAACUAUCACUAUUUUUUGCACCCCAGAUGGGAAGAUGUUAGAGGAAGUUUUCACAAAGCAGUUGAAGAAUAGUGACGUUAGUGCCCUAGGUCGCAUUGUGCUCCCAAAGAGGGAGGUUGAGGCCAAGCUUCCACCAUUGACAGACAAGGAAGGGAAGGAUAUCAUGGUCAAGGAUGUUUAUUCUGGGAAGAUGUGGACCUUGAAAUACAAAUAUUGGUCUAAUAACAGAAGUAGAAUGUAUGUUCUUGAAAGUGCAGGGGAGUUAGUGAACCAUUAUGAGCUACAACUGGGAGAUUUUAUAACCAUUUUCACGGACGAAAGGAAAAAUCUGUAUGUGUGGGCUAGAAAAAACAAAAAUGUGGAAGCACCGGUGUGCUUGUCAAACAUGGAAAGCUCGAAAACAUCCGAGACAGACAACCUUAACGACAUGAAAUCUACAUAUGAAGAUGCAUAUAUGGAAUUUCUCACAAAGCUGAACCGUAAGAAAGAAGCUGAUGCUAAAAGGCUUUUGAAUUCACUCAAUGCUGGUGGAAGUUCUUCAAGUGGAGCAAAAUCAGAUGUGAAUAUAGCACACCAUGAUCAAUUGUCGAACACUGCUGGGAAAGGGGCACCAAGCCAAACAACUGCAGAAGCCACAGCACCAGCACCAACAACACCCCUUGAUGGCAAUAACAUGCCGAUAAGUGAUGAAGAUGUCUAUGGGGGCCUUGACAACAUCUUUGAAAUUGAGAAUAGUUCAUGGUUUUGAAUCAAACUUUUGAUAACUUGAAAGAUUACAAGAUAUGGCCUUAUCCAAACUAUGAUCGCUAUAUUUAAGAGAUAUGGUAGAUGUGUUUAGUUGUAUGCAAACCUUGUGUUCUUGCAUUUCGUUUCUUAUUAUGUUUAAUGGUGUCAGUGGGAUAAUAGAGACAAAUGUUAGAUAUAUAUGUUACGACAUUCAACCUUGUAUUGUUGUGUGUCAUUAUGUGGUAUAUUUAUUUCUAUGUAUGAGAUGGUGGAGAGAAAA